AUGAUUGCGCAAAAGAUGCUGCAAGUAAAAGAUCUUGUUGGCACAUUCCGCAUGCUGGGAUUUUUCAUCGCUUCUGUGAUUCUCGGGUUAGCUAUCGUGUCACUCGUCACACUGCCACUUGUCUUCGCGGUGAUAACCAGAAGAAACCCUUACAAGUUCAUAAAAGCUCUGAAUAGAGCCUUACUGCAGGGCGUCGCCACGUCGUCAAGCGCCGCCAGCCUGCCGGUGACUUUUGAAUGUGUGCGUGACUUGAAUCUGGACCCACGAGUGGCCAAAUUUGUGCUGACCGUCGGCACGAUCCUGGCAACGAUUGGCACGGCGCUAUUCCAAGCAGUAUCUCCUAUUUUCAUUGCUCAGAUGAACGGAAUCACUCUAGACUUAGGACAGUACAUCACACUAUGCGUAACUGCUUGCUUGGCAUCGGCUGGAGCGGCGACUGUGCCCAGUUCUGCCCUAGUCACGAUGAUCAUCGUUCUAUCGGCUCUUUGGACUGCCGGGAUCGUUUCCGAACAUGCACUAACAUUGUGGCGGCCUCCAUUGGAUGUGGAAUUGUGGAUUACCUGA